AUGGCUUCAACAAGUCCGUCCUCUUCGGAGGUUGAUGUAAUUCCCAUUACUGCGAAGGAGAAAAACUCAGUUAGCACAAGUCGUAUCAAAGAUGAAUACAAGGUUGUUAAUUCUAGAGAUGCAGACGUUACAUUGGAAUUUUUGGAAGAGCACGAUUCCCAGGUUGCCCCGAUCACUGAGGAGCAGGAACGUAGGUUGAGACGGAAAGUGGCAUUUAUCGUCGUGGGGCUAACUUUUCUAGUUAACAUUACCAUGUAUUCUGAUAAGGCAACGUUAUCCUAUGCCUCUAUAUUUGGUCUAUGGGAAGACACUGGUCUUACACAGAGCAGCUACAGCAACGCUAACACACUCUUCUAUGUCGGUUAUAUCAUUGGACAGGCAAACCUGAUUUUUGUGCAAAAGUUCCCGAUAGGAAGAGUUGUUCUGGCUAUGUGUGCAAUCUGGACAAUCAUCAUUUUUCUGCACUGUGUUGCAUAUAAUGAACAGGGCGUAAUUGCGCUAAGAUUUUUCCUAGGUUUCGUAGAAUCUGUUGCUUUGCCAUCUUUGAAUAUGACGAUGAACCAGUUCUUAACUCCAGAUGAGAAAAACUCGUACGGCCCCAUCUGGUAUAUCUCGUCUAUUGGCGUUACCAUUCCUGUAGGUUUCAUCGCCUACGGGAUUUUGCACGCCAAGUCCAGCGUGCCCAUUUGGAAACUUUUCUUCAUCAUCAUAGGUGGUUGCACGUUCCUGCUAACAAUAUUGGUGGCACUCAUUUAUCCGAACAAUCCAACGGAUGCCAAGUUCUUGACCACGGAAGAGAAAGUUUGGGUCAUCAGAAGGGUACAGCAAAGCAGCAAAUCUUCGAUUGAGCAGAAGGUGAUCAAAAAAUAUCAAGUCAUCGAAGCUUUCAGAGAUCCUAUAACAUGGCUUUUCGGCCUUUUCUUCCUUUUCCAACAAUUGGCAAAUAAUCUGGCUUAUCAGCAGAACUUGCUAUUCGAGGGUAUUGGCAACAUUUCUAAUCUGUCCUCGACUUUAGUCUCAGUUGCAGCAGGCGGAUUUGCAUCUGUUUGUGCGGUUAUUGCGACGGUUUUCCUGCUAUACAAAAGAAACUACACAGCAUUUUCGGUAGUCUUUUGGAGUGUUCCAUCAUUCGCCGCUUCGAUUGCGCUGGUGACCAUAGAUUGGGAUAAGAAAAUCGCACUGCUAGCAAUGCUAUGUCUAGCUUGUCCACUCUUUGGCAUCCCCUGGAUUCUGAUGUUUAGCUGGAACACAACAAGCUGUGGUGGUUAUACGAAGAGAUUGACCAGAAACGCCGUCGUUAUGUUCUGGUACAGUGUGGCUAAUAUUAUUUCGCCUCAAAUCUGGAGAAGUAAGGACGCCCCUCGUUAUGUUCCUGCCUGGAUUGUGCAAAUUGUAUUAUCAUUUUUCCUUGCUCCGUUGAUUGCCCUAGUAAUCUGGUAUUUACUUCGCAGAAGAAAUGACGAAAGGCUGGCGCACGCUAGCGAAGCACAGGGAAUGGUGGAAAUAGAUGGCCAAGCCAUAGAGACCAACAUUGCUAUGUUGGACCUCACUGACCUGGAAAACAAGGCGUUUAUCUAUCCGCUAUAA